AGAACUACGCACGAGCGAAGGAACCUGGGUCCCCAGGCUGUCGCCUCCCGCUCUCCAGGGGCGGUCUGCACCUCCGCCCGCCCCGCGCGAGCCCCAGGCCCUACGCUCGGGCAAUUCCCACAAGCAAGAUGGCGGCAGCGGCAGCUCCCCCUACGGCUUAGCGCCCAGCUGUGCCAUUGGCUAGAGCCUGGAGUGAGGCCACCGCGAAUUGGUCGAGAGCGCUGCGGGGGUGGGGGUGGAGCUGCAGCAGCCUGGAGCCGCGAGUGGGCAACGCGGCGUGAGCAGCGGCGCCUGGCUCCCGGAGCAUCGCGCUCGGAGACGAUUUCGCCGCUCGGGGCCGCAGCCUGGUGAGCUCAGCCCCCUUCAGGCCCUCCCCUACCUCCCAGCCGUGGCCACACCGAGCCGGCGCUGAUCGAUGCCGACACACCCCGGGGACCCUAUCGCGACUCCAUCGGGCCAUAUCGCGACAUCACCGUGCCCUGUCGAGACUCCAUUUUGUCACGGCCCUUCUCAAUAUAUAGCUUUAUCUUUUAAAAAAAUUGCGCUGUCAUCUUUCGGGGCUGUCCCAUGUCGUGAUUUUGCCGUGAUCGCUCCGUGACAUCACCGCGCCAUCGUGAAGUGUGAUCUCAUCGCCGCCCUGUCGUGACUUCAUCAAUGUCGUGUUGUGACCUGGCUGCGGCGGGACAGUUGGGCAAGGCGGGCACCAUGGCCUCGGAUUGCGAGCCAGCUCUGAACCAGGCAGAGGGCCGAAACCCCACCCUGGAGCGCUACCUGGGAGCCCUCCGUGAGGCCAAGAAUGACAGCGAGCAGUUUGCAGCCCUGCUGCUAGUGACCAAGGCUGUCAAAGCAGGUGACAUCGAUGCCAAGACUCGGCGGCGGAUCUUUGAUGCUGUCGGCUUCACCUUCCCCAAUCGUCUCCUGACCACCAAGGAGGCGCCGGAUGGCUGCCCUGACCAUGUUCUCCGGGCCCUGGGUGUGGCCCUGCUGGCCUGCUUCUGCAGUGACCCUGAACUAGCUGCCCAUCCCCAGGUCCUGAACAAGAUCCCCAUCCUCAGCACCUUCCUCACAGCCCGGGGGGACCCCGAGGAUGCUGCCCGCCGUUCCAUGAUUGAUGACACCUACCAGUGCCUGACAGCUGUGGCAGGCACACCCCGUGGGCCCCGACACCUCAUUGCCGGUGGCACCGUGUCUGCCCUGUGUCAGGCAUACCUAGGGCACGGCUAUGGCUUUGACCAGGCCCUGGCACUCCUGGUGGGGCUGCUGGCUGCUGCCGAGACACAGUGCUGGAAGGAGGCAGAGUCCGACCUGCUGGCUGUUUUGCGGGGCCUCAGCGAAGAUUUCCAGAAAGCCGAGGAUGCCAGCAAGUUUGAGCUCUGCCAGCUGCUGCCCCUCUUUCUGCCCCCGACAACUGUGCCCUCUGAAUGCCUCCGGGAUCUGCAGGCCGGGCUGGCACGCAUCCUGGGCAGCAAGCUGAGCUCCUGGCAGCGCAACCCUGCACUGAAGCUGGCAGCCCGCCUGGCACACGCCUGCGGCUCCGACUGGAUCCCAGCGGGCAGCUCCGGGAGCAAGUUCCUGGCCCUGCUGGUGAAUCUGGCAUGCGUGGAGGUGCGGCUGGCACUGGAGGAGACGGGCACAGAGGUGAAGGAGGAUGUGGUGACCGCUUGCUAUGCCCUCAUGGAGUUGGGGAUCCAGGAAUGCACCCGCUGUGAGCAGUCUUUGCUUAAGGAGCCACAGAAGGUGCAGCUCGUGAGUGUCAUGAAGGAGGCCAUCGGGGCCGUCAUCCACUACCUGCAGCAGGUGGGGCCAGAGAAGCAGAAGGAGCCCUUUGUGUUUGCUUCUGUGCGGAUCCUCGGUGCCUGGCUGGCCGAGGAGACCUCAUCCCUGCGCAAGGAGGUCUGCCAGCUGCUGCCCUUCCUCGUCCGCUAUGCCAAGACCCUCUACGAGGAGGCUGAGGAAACCAAUGACCUCUCCCAGCAGGUGGCCACCCUGGCCAUCUCCCCCACCACCCCAGGGCCCACCUGGCCAGGGGACGCUCUCCGGCUCCUCCUGCCCGGCUGGUGCCACCUGACAGUCGAAGAUGGGCCCCGGGAGAUCCUGAUCAAGGAGGGGGCCCCCUCACUUCUGUGCAAGUAUUUCCUGCAGCAGUGGGAGCUCACAUCCCCUGGCCAUGACACCUCAGUGCUGCCCGACAGCGUGGAGAUCGGCCUGCAGACCUGCUGUCACAUCUUCCUCAACCUUGUGGUCACUGCACCAGGGCUGAUCAAGCGAGAUGCCUGCUUCACUUCUCUAAUGAACACCCUGAUGGCGUCGCUGCCCGCGCUAGUACAGCAGCAGGGGAGGCUGCUUCUGGCUGCCAACGUGGCCACUCUGGGCCUCCUCAUGGCCCGGCUCCUUAGCACCUCUCCAGCUCUUCAGGGAACACCAGCAUCCCGAGGUUUCUUCGCAGCCGCCAUCCUCUUCUUAUCACAAUCCCACGUGGCGCAGGCCACACCGGGCUCAGAGCAGGCAGUGCUGGCCCUGUCCCCUGACUACGAGGGCAUCUGGGCUGAUCUGCAGGAGCUCUGGUUCCUGGGCAUGCAGGCCUUCACGGGCUGCGUGCCCCUGCUGCCCUGGCUGGCCCCCGCUGCCCUGCGCUCCCGCUGGCCGCAGGAGCUGCUGCAGCUGCUGGGCAGCGUCAGCCCCAACUCUGUCAAGCCUGAGAUGGUCGCUGCCUAUCAGGGUGUCCUGGUUGAGUUGGCACGGGCCAACCGGCUGUGCCGGGAGGCCAUGAGGCUGCAGGCGGGCGAGGAGACAGCCAGCCACUACCGCAUGGCCGCCCUGGAGCAAUGCCUUGCAGAGCCCUGAGGGGACAUCCACUGGGGACAGACCCUGGGGCGGGGCGGGUGGCGAGGGAAGGAGGGAGGAGGCAUCUCCCCUGAAGCCCCCAAAUUGGACCCCUUCCCCAAAUUCCCCCUCCCCAAACACCCCAGCUUUCUGGCUUUUCCAAGGGUGAGGGCAUGGUGCCCACCCUUCAAGUGUAAGGAACUGCGUCACGCCCCCUGGGCCCUCUCAGGGGCAGGGAUUGGCUUGGAAAUCAGUGUGGUUGUCCCCCCCAGGCCAGGGUAGGUUGGCGCGGCCCCCAGGGAGGGGGGCACUAGGUGUCAUUGUGCCCCAUGUUUGGCUCCCUCGCAGGAGGGAGGCCCCCAGGUGUGACAGGGCUGGCAGGAGCUGGCUGCCUCAGCCCAUGUGCCCUGCCGGCCAGGGCGUGGGCUCCCCUAGACUGUGGUGCCCCUCUGGCCUCCCAGGUCCACGUCCUUUAAAUUGGCCAUUUGGUUCUUGCCCUUGACCCCCUUGGGCAGAGCGCAGGCUCAGGCCAUUGACAUCGCAGUUCUUCCUAUCAACUUCAGUGACCCAGGGUCUGAACUGUCCCAGCGUUCCAGGGAAGCCUGGGGCAGACAGGCCUGGUGGGGGGGUCAGGAAACCUCCUUCCACCUGAGCUUCCUUGAGGGGACCCAGGAGCUCUUGGGCCCUGGUCUCUAAGCUUUUGUGUCAUGUUGCAGCAGAGUGACAGUGGGGGUUGGGGAGUUAUUUAUUUUGCCUAUCCUUAUCCCUGCUUGGACACCUGAGCAUCUGAUCCCUGUCCCCUUGGUGCCAUCUGGCCUGGCUGGAGCCAGGAACCAGAGGGAUGCUUUCCCAGAACCGCAUGUUUCCUAGUGACUACACCCCAUCACCAUCGCGGUGCCUGGCUUUAACUCCCACCCUGCUUAUGAGUCCUCUCUGCAGAGAGACGCGACUGGCGGCUCCAGCAGGGACUACCUUUCUCAUGAACCCAGGGGACCGCCCCCCCAACCUGAUCCCUUGUUUCCCUCUCCCCUUCCCUCCCCCAGCGCGUUGUGUGAUCUCCAAGUUCAAAGCUGUGCACAUGUGGACACUCAAUAAAUGUUCAUUGAUGACAA